AUGGGCAUAAAAAGGCGGAGAAGAAGUUAAUGAAAAAUACAAGGAGGGGUUGGAGGGAGGAGGACACAGAGAGAGCUCCUGUGAGAAAAUUCCGAAGACACAAGUUGUUUAAUCAUUGUCCCCUGUGUGACAAGUAUGUGCACAGCAAAUUCAAUUUAGGGGUCAGAGCUCUUUUAGUUUGAUGGUUGACGAAUUCAGUAGUUAGCUUAUUCAGUGUCAUUCAGCCUCAACUUUGCACAUCCCAAAAUUUCCUCGACCUCCUCAAAUGUGUCUAAGUGAGGACUGUAAUCUUCUCCUGCUGGAUCAGUGAGCCAGAUGACCAACCCUACGCCCCUUCACUUUUUCUACAAAAUCAAGGGGAAGAAUGUGUGUGUUCUUAUGCUACUGUGUGUUCCCCUCUCCAUGAUGGACAUUCCUGGUCCUUGCAAACAUGCCAUAACAAUGGACCACCUACUUCAACUAAAACAACUGAUGACUAACCAGUUGCGGACUGGCUGUUCAAUCACAUAUACAUUCAUCGAAAGGAAACACCUGAGUGUGGUGUGUUAUGUGAAGGCUUCUUUGCCAAGGGUGCUGGAAUUGCUAAAUGUCCACUUUAAAUACUUGAGAGGAUCAGGCAGUGCCCAAGCAGUGGUCUCCAUCCAGAACCUCAUUCUCAACAUCUACUCGCAACACUGCAUACCUUCAAUAAAUGAAGAACUGGAGGAGGACCCUGUGUCAUUUGAGAGGCAGUACAAUGAGUCUCCUGUCCAGGCACUACAAAGAGUAGAGGAGGUUCUGUCCCUCUACUUGCACAUCAUCACAACCACUGACACUCCUCUUAACUGGACCUGCGAGCAAGAGUACAGCAGCAACACACUCCCUACUGUAACACAGCUAACCACUAACACAGAGACUGCGUUGGAGUUAUUCAGGCAAGAUCCUCAGGGGUCCUCCAGCAAUGAUUUCUACAGGCUGGCCUUCAUUGUAGUCUCCAUCUGUGGAGGAUUUCUCACCCUACUUACUGUCUACUGCCUUCUAGAGAGAAAGAAACUGCUGAGUCAACUUCAAAGAGCAAGAAUGUCAUCAGACUGGGGAUCACAAGUUGUUGAAAACUUUGAAGCAGAAGAGCAAGAAUAUGAUUCUUUCACAAACAAGACACAGUUCGAAGCAGGCUUUGCAGUAAAAGGUGAUGCAGUGCCAACUAUAUUGGACCCGACAGGGAUGUCGCAACAAACAAGUGCCAGAUGUCCAAUCCACAACGGUUUGGGUCUCACCUCUCCACUGAUUUCAAACUGAUGUGAUGGUUCUACCUGGAUAAUCAAGACACCAUCAAGAGCGAAAUAGACUGCCUUACACCGUAAGAAGGCAACUACGACAUCAAAUGAAACAGAUUUUCAAUAUGUCUGAUUUUCAAGAUCACUAAUGCAGUAUUUGUACGACCUUGUACAUAUGUAAAUAUUGAAUACUAUUACAACAAAAUUUGUCUGAACUACUGGAAAGGUCUAGUUGUCAAAGUUGCAUGUCCAAUAUUGCUAAUCCACAAUGCAACUAAAAACUUAACUACACUGGGAGCACAAGGAAAAGCAGUAUCAUUAUAUUACAUUUAACAGAGUGGAUUUGAUUUGACCUAUGCAAUGUUGAAUUCAGAUGUUCAAAAUUCAUUUGUCAGCCUAAAAUAAUGCCAUAAUUGUUAAUAUGUGAGCAGUAUCUUACAGUAAAGGCUUAAUAGUUAAUACUGAACAAUUUCAUUCAGUUUCAAUUAUAAAGUAAAUAUAUAUCUUACAUUUAAGGAGGUUAAGGGUAUUUACCCACAACUGUCUUAAGACAAAGACUCUUAAGAUAACACACAAACUGUAAGUUUUGGAGAUCCUGUAUAUGAGACAAAAAGUGGACAAAAGGUUAUUUUUUAUUUCAGGUGACAUGAUGAUAUGGAAAUGCUGAUUGUGCUGAUGACUAAAAGUAUUGCAGUGAAGAGCACAUUUUACAAAUCACUUUAGAUAAGGCAGUUUGCUCUUUCGAAUACAUAUUACUGUUGCUAUAUAGUACUGUCACUGUGUUUUAAAUGUUUAUCAGACCGCAAAUCCAUUCAGAAAAACAUAUGUAUGCAUUACAAAGGAAAGGGGAAACCAUUCCAGAUAUCAAUAUUUUAAACAGCCAACUUCAGCCUUUUGAUUUGUAUUUUAUUUCUGUCAAACCUCCUGUUAGACUGUGCAUCAUCUUGUUUAGCUAAGCAUUGAACAUGAACAGAUUUCUCUCCCUUAAAAGCAAACACAAAUAAAAUAAAUGUGGUGGGAUUUUAGGAUGUCUGCUAAAGAUUAUUACAACUACACUCAAAGGAAAGAGUCUUUAGUUAGAAGAAAACAGGACGUGGCUUGUGAAACAGAUUUGGAGUCCUGACCUCCUCUACCAUAUACAUACAAAAAAUUUAUUUUCCAAAACAAUUAAAUGCUACUAAAUGGAAGUGGCCACUAAAAUACAAAUGUGCAAAAGUAAGUUCAGCCGCAACACACAGUUCAGUUUGCAGAUUUAAACUGAGAAAUGCACUUUAUGUAUUUGUUUGUAUUUAAGUGGUCACUUCAUAUUUAUACAAAAUGCACAUAAAGGCAGCAUAAAAGUAAUCCAUAUCUUCUGAAGCAAUAUGAUGUGUGGGUCAGAAACAUAUCAAUAUUUUAGUCCUUUUUUACUUUAAAUUUUCACAAUAUUCUUUUGUUUUUGGUGAUUCGCAUUCUUAUUGAUUACCACCUACUGUGCAGGGAGAAUUUAUAGUAAUAAAGGACUUUAUUAUUGAUCUGUUUCUCACCCACACAUAUAUCACUUGUGAAAAUAUAACUUAACCACUUUUUUGCUGCCUUUGUGCAUUUUUGGAGCUUCAGAAUUUUGGCACUCAUUCACUGGCAUUCACUUUUUCUAAAAAUCUUCAUUUGUGUUAUGCUGAAAAAGAAAGUAAUACACAUCUGGGAUGACAUGAGGGUGAGUAAAUGAGAGAAUUUUCAUUUUUGGGUGAACUAUCCCUUUAAUGUUUGCCAUCCAAAUGGUUAAAAUGAGGACAUUUCAAUUAUUCCAUGUAAAAACAGUUAUAAAGUAAUUUAGAGGGAUAACUAAAAUGUGUUGGUUAACAAUCAGUUCUAUUUUUAUAUAAGGCUUGUGAUAUAUUUGUUAUAUCUUAAUGUUUGUUCCACCAAAGACAUUCAGCAAAGAAUUAAAAGUGGGCCAACCACCCAAUCUUUCUUAUUCUUCAAAUAAUUUUGGUAGCAGCACCUCUUUCUUCCCCACUCUUGUUCUUUUGACAACCUUCACCACAGUUGUAUGUAAACAUUUAUGCCCUGUUUAAGAAUUAGUAGUGUUUUUCCUCAAGAGCAUUUAUGGUCUGCUAGUCAGUUGUCUCUUCACAAGGGAAAUUAUAGUUUGGCUCUUCACCAUUAUGGUUUUAUGAGGAGACUAUAUUUUGACUGGUUCCCAUAAUACCAAGCAAGAGAGUUAUUUCCUUCAAUCAUGUUUUAAAUAGACUUUUGGUAUACCCAAUAUUUUGGAUUGACCAAAUGUUGCUUCUCAAGCUACCCAACGCAAGAGAAAAAGCAAAAAAGUAUUUCUUUCUUGCUGUGCUAAAGGCACAUAUUUCAAAACUGUUGAAGUCUUGAUAAAUAACUUUUUCAGUGAUUGUUACAGUGCUAAAACAGGUGUCAUGCAAUUUCAGAAAUAACCAUUUCCCAAUGAGUUGCAAUAUUUCCCCCCUGGAUUUGUUUUACAGGGCAUUAUUUACCUUUAUGAGGGCCUAUUUUUUCCAUUUAAAUAUAUGCUGUUUGUCAUCUCAUGUCGAAUACUUACAUAUAUUCUCAAUCUGAAUCUCAAAUUAUGUGAAAUUGUGUAUAUCUAGGUCUAAUAUAGAAUACAAAGAAAUAUAUCAGAUAAAAAAAAAUAAAACAGGAAUUCAUUGUGGGGGCAUUUUUUGCCAGAACAUUUUAAAUUGCGGGCACAUGCGUCACUUUUGUUGCAUUUUUUGCCCCGAACCCUGGUUUAUUUCUGACCCUAGUGUCAUGACAUGCUGACUAAAAAGCAGGAAAAAACAAAAAAAAAAAACCCACAAAAACCCACUCAAAGCCUAGCAGUGAUUAAAUAAUUCAGCUGUGAUCCUGUACCAAGAAUAAUUCUAAUUCUUUUUGUGAUCGUGUAAUAAUGAAUCCUAUGAAUGAUAUAAAAAUGUAAUGCACAAACAGAUAUGCCCAUAUGUUAUACAAGAAAUAAACAUUUAAUUUUGUAAUUCAGGAUCAAAAAAUUUUGGUUUUCAGCAAAUAUCAAUAUUAACAAAAAAAAAAAAAAAUUAAACACAUUGUUUUUGUCACCACCAAAGCACAUUUCAGCCAGUUAAUGGUGGUUUUAGACUACAUGGCAUAACAGGUUCACACUUCACAGCUCCCUCUAGAGGUGUUCUUCAAUCUUAAUAAACAUUGCUAAAGAUGUCAACCCUUUUGACAUCAACAAAAACAAAGCCAAACUCAUUUUAUACAGUGUUGUGAAAGUCUUUUAAUUGAUAGUAGAUUUUAGAAAAAAAUCAGUUCUCGAUUAUGAAAAGUUGUCAUUUCAAGUGGAUUUAGAAAAUUUAACAGCUUAAGUAGACUGUCUGCAUUAAAGAGAAAAUGACUUUUUUGGUUGUCUUUUGUUGUUGCUUGAAAUGAAAGAAACAGACAGGAUAUAAAGCAAGAGUUCACAACAGUGUCUAUCAUAAAAGAUUAAGUCAGAUGAAACCUUUAUGACUUAAACUGAUUUUUUUUUUCUUUUUUUCCCACCAUACUAGGCAAUGAUAAAAUAAAAAAGCAGAAAUUUAAACAAACAAAAAUCUUCAAAAGAAAUACCUUUAAAACACUAGAAUAUCCUUCAAGACUGGUUUUAGGAGUCCGGAUCCUGUCUAGAAAGGGCACUACAAGUGUUAAUUGUCUUAACUUGACAAUUGGCCAAUAUACACUGAUCAGCCACAACAUUAAAACCACAUGCCUAAAAUUGUGUAGGUCCACUUCGUGCUGACAAAACAACGCCAACUCGCAUCUCAGAACAACAUUCUGAGAUUAUAUUCUCCUCACCACAAUUGUACAGAGCGGUUAUCUGAGUUAC